AUGGACGAGAUUCUUGCGAAAAUUAUGCCAUUGAAACGAAAAGUUCGAAAUCUUCCACAAGACGAAUGUGAUAACGACCAGAUGUCAUUCUUCGAUCCGGUUUAUGAAAUAUCUUUGUUGAACAAUGAUAUGAAUGAUUCUGAUAAAGAUAGUGGAGAAGGCGAAGAUGAUGAGAGCAUUCAUUCAUUACCCCGACAACGGGUCACGGAAUCAGACGAUAUUCUCUCAGCUGCAGACCUGGUCACUAGUAACGGCAGUGAUCAAAUUGAUCAAAUAUCGACAACAAAAAUAGCUAAUCGUAUUAAACAAAUUCAAAAUUCGUUGAAGCAAGCGAAAACCAUGUUAGAACCAAUGGAAAAAAUGAAAGAUCUUAUCCCAGAUAGUGAACAUCAAUGUGAAAAAUUACGUUCAAUUAUAUCUAAUUUACAAGAACAACAAACUGGUUAUAUGCAAUUACUCGAUCUUAUACUCACAUCAACACCAUACCAUCCAACAUCUGAACAAGUAAACAAUGAAGAUUUUUAUGACGAUUUAAAUCAACAAGAAAAGUCGUUGCAAAAUUCAAAACAUACGAUUGUUCGUAAUCCUAAUGAAGAAAAUCUAAAAAAUGAAAACGAAAGUAAUAGUUUUCUAUCGUCUCGUCCGCGUAUCGAAAGUAAAAUUGGUUUCGUUCCAAUAACAUCAAAUGGUGAAAGUCGAACAAAUGGAUUUUCUGAUAAUGAAAUGCGUAAUGAUAAUUCGAAUUAUGACUCGUUAGUAGGCAGUUUAAAAUCGGAUACAAUUACUUGGCGAGAACAAUCAACAUCUGAUGAUAGUCGAAGUGUCGAAAGUACUAUUGAUAAAGUUAAUGAAAAAGAGACUGCGAGAAACUUAAUGCUACAAAAAGAACAGUUGCGAGCACUUCAGGGACGUAAAAGAGCUCUACUUGCUUUACAGAAACGUUCUGAACAACGUUUGCAAGAACAACAAGAACUUCUUAAAAACUCAAAAACAACGAAACAGCCAAUAUCAUACAGUAAUACAGCAGCUCAAAAUAACUCCGACUCACUUGAACGACCAUUAUCGAAUAUAUCUGGAUUUGAGCCAAUUAUAGAUGAUAGUGAUGAUCAUGUCAUUAUGAAUACACAAGGACAAAAACAACAUCAAAAUAUUUCGGAAAAAGAUUUACUGUACGAUAUAGAAACAUUAAGAAAUCGUUUAAAAUCGUUACGAGGAUUGUAUGAUCAGAAACAUCAUGUGGAAUUAGAAAUGUUAGCACAAGAAGAACAAGAGACAGAAAAUAAGCGACUAAUGUCGAGUCAGCUACAAUCAAAACCUCCAUUAUCAGCACGUUCUGAUUCGUAUGUAAUUCAACAAACUAUUGAUAGUGAUUUGUAUCCUCAUGGCAAAAAUCUAUGGAUAGAAAAUGCCCGCACUCGUCGGAUAAACAGUGCCAAUGCAAAGAAAUCAAAGCCUAUAUUAUUAUCAAAAACAACAAAUCGUUUAAAAAAAUUAAAUCAUGUCAAACACCGUUUAGAUGAGCUAGAACAAAUUGUCAAUUAUUACAAUUCAGAAGCAAAUGAAAUGAUUGGUGACAAUGAUGAAGAUGAAAUGGAAAGAGAAGAAACGGUUUAUGAGGAGCAAUCUAUUCAACCAUCAGAUGCUAUAAAAUUAAAAAUGUUAAUGGCAAAAACAAAAAAUCAAGAUGCACAAAAUUUAGAUCAAUUAUCAGAUGAAUUAAAUGGAAAACGAAUGGAAUUACUGAAAGCUAAAACAGCUUUAAUAGAAUUACAACAAUUGGUUACAACAAUUCAACCAGACAAAUUAUCAUCUUAUUCUUCAACGCCUGUUAAACAGCAAACAACAGCAACAAAUAAGAACGACUAUGAUUUACGUAAUGAUCGAUUUACCGUUAUUCCAUCAGUAUCAAAAGAUCAAAGAAAAACAUCUUUAUUAUCCUACGUUUUGUCGCCAAAACAACAACAAACUCAAUCGUCUGUCACAAGUUAUGCUGAUGCAAAAAUGGCUGCUCAACAUCGUGAAAUAGAAAGAUUAGUUGAAUCACGUCAACGUUUACAUACAAUUAAAGAUCAAAUAGCAUCAUUACACAAUAGUAUGAAUAAUAAUAAUAAUACACAAACCCCUCCAGAAAAGACUGAUGCCGAUUUUUCAUCAAAUUCAUUGACAAAAAAAGAUCAAUUCAACGAUCCACUUUGGUCACAAAUGCAUCAUCAACUAAAUAUGCGAGAAGAUAUAUACUCAAAAAAUCGAAAUGAAUGUACUGAAAUUGAUCAUAGUAAAAUGAAAACAUCCACAACACAACCAUUGGUUAUAAGAAGAAGAGUAGAAAAUGAUAAAAAGAGAAAUAAUAAGCAUGACGAACGAUUAACAACAGAAUGGUUGUCAAGUGAAGAAAAUACAUCGAACACGGAAGAUAACGGUCGAGAAAAAAUUGAUAAACGAAGUCAUCGUAUUAAACAAGGAAAUUUUCAUGCUCCAGAAGAUAUUGUAGCUGAAACUGAACGCUUCCAUCCAGCUUCAAAUACUAAUAAUCCAGCUACAAGUGAUCUUAGUGAACAAAUGAAUGAAAUACGACAUUGUCUAGUGAAUUUCAUACGUGAACAAAAAACGUUUAAUGACACAAUUGAACAGAAUAUUCGAAAGGUUGGAACACCGUCCACACCGGGAGUAACUCCUAUAGUAGCUGAUCCUGUUUUUCUACAAUUACAACAACAAAUGUUAACACAAGGUCUUAUUGUUAAUUUGAACUCAGCCUAUCGGGAAAUAGCUGUAUUACAAACAGAAAUUAAUUCAUUACAAUCAGAAAACUUACGUUUAUCAUCGGUGAGCCAACAAGAACAAGUACAACAACAACAGCACAAACAACAGCGACAUUUUUUUCAAAGAGAUGAUUCAAAAGAUUCAAUAUGUAGUAUUGGACAAAUUAAAAAUAUAAAUAAUCAAAAUGAAAACAUUCGUUUAAAUCGUUAUAAAAAAGAUUAUGAUGAACAAGUGCCAAAUAUUGAGAAUUCAAGUAAAACAUCGUUCAAUAGUCAAAGUAGCGGAAAACAGACAAUGAUUUACGUCCAAAACAAAAAUAAUGAACAUUUAUCGAAUAGAAAUGAAACACCCACGAGACAUCAACGAAAUAUGAUGUAUACGACAGAACAAUGUAGCUCUCCAAAAUUAAUGAAUUAUCCAUCUAAUUAUGAUACUAUGACUCAUCAUCAAGGAUAUCGUCGUUCUUCAAAAGACAAUAUCCAAACAAAUAAAAAUAAACCAUUUAUAAUUCGUCGAAGACCGCUGUCAUCGACAACAGAUGAUAAAAUUGAUUACAAUCGUCAAAAAAAUAUGCGUUCAGAUAAAAAUAGCAGUCAGUCGUCCAUUGACCGAUUCGAUGAGCAAAAAUCUACACCAUCAUUGAGUAGUUUUCUGUCGUCACGUAUACAAUCUCGUUCAUAUAAUGAUCAAAAUAGUGACAAUGAAACGAUUGAUCGAUAUCGACAAUAUGGCGAGAAGAUACAUACACCAUCUUCCUCACCAUCAAUGUUAUAUAAAAGUUUAACACAUGAAAACAUACGUGCAUCGUCUAUAUUCAAUAUUGAAAUAAAACCACGUGAUUUUGAUAAUAUUGAUAUUCAAACAUUGGAUUUACAAAUUAAAACUAUAAUGGUUCAAUUGAUUCCAUAUAUGAGAUUACAUAUAAACGAAAUAUUUAAUCCAAUUGUUUUGAAUGAUAUUAAAGAUCGAAUUUUGUUUUUGUCUAAACAACAACCAGAUUCGUCUCAAUUUGUUCGAAAUUAUCAAAAUCAAUUUUCUUCGGUUUUAACAACAACAAUAGCAAAAUACUGUGGAAAAACUAUACGGGAGUGUGCUGUAGAUCUGAUUCGAGAUAUAUCAGAAUUAUUAUUCAAUGAAUUAGCUAUGUAUAAAUUGUAUGAAAAUUCAAAAUCUGUGAAAGCUAAUCAAAAUUCAGGUCGAUACGAUGAUUAUUCUCCUUCGCUACCAUCGGCUUUUCAACAACAACAAUCAUUGGAUGAAGAAUUGGAUAAAAAUGAUGAUGAAUAUCAAAUUGAACUUGUUCAAUCGGAAAGCAAACCGUUGAUGUUAGUUGGUAGUGAUGAAGAAGACAAUGAUGCGGAUGAGGAAAAUAAUUAUGUUGAACAGCCUGAAACUGCAGUCUCUCGUCAACAAACAGAUAUUAAACAACAACUACAGCAACACUCUCAAUACAUUGAUAACGAUGAAACAUUCAAAACAAAUGACGGAAAUGAAACAACAGAUUUAAAUUCAAAUGGUAACGAUUAUGUGCUCGUUAAUCGUACUAAAGAGAAUUUAAAUAGUGAACAAAUACCACAAGAACAGUCUUUGUUAUUUGUUCAAAGUCAUAUCGAUCGUAAUCAAGAAGAAGAUAAUAAUGAACCUCUUUCGAGUUCAAGUGCUUGA